UAAUCCAGCUAAAGUAAUGUCAAAGUGAAAAUUUUACAGAGCAACAACAACAAAUACAUAAUAACACCAAAAGAAGUUGGGAAAAAAUAUAAAGUGACUUAUUAGAUUAAAAUGGACAUGUUUGGAGUUGUAUAAAAAGUGAAAAAAUAUAUAAAUUUUUUUUAGUAAUAUAAAACAAAAACAACAAACAUUUCUUACUUUUUCUGCUAAACCUGAUUUGAACGGCUAAAGAAAAUUUACAAAAAAAAUCACAUAAAAAUCCAUUUAUUAAUUGAAGAUCAAUGCAAAACACGUAAAAAAAGAAAGAAAAACCAAAUAUGAAAGUAAUUGGAAAUUGAAAAACGAAAACGUAGUGGAAAAAUUAAUAUAAAAAUAAAAAGUGUUUUAAUUGUUAGAAUAUUUUUGUUAAACAACACACACCUGCCUGCCUGAACAAAACGGAAAUUUCUCUAUUUGUGCAAUUAAAUACAUCAAUCAAUAAGUAAAUAAUUUGUAUCUUUGGAAUUUGUAUCUACUAUUUGCACAUCAUAUACCUACCUAUCUUUUGUAUAUGCAGCAGCAGCAGCUCUACCGCAAGAGAUAACUCGACUGGCUGGGCAUAAUAAUAAAGAAAUAAUUUUAAUCGAUUUGCUGAUAACCUGUUCACAUUUUUGAAAAUAGAGGAGCUUUUGCUAUAUACACAGCCGAUCGCAAAACAAACCACACACAUAAAAUCAAUAAAAUGGCCAAAAAAUAAACUUUCUUUACAAAAAAGAAAAAGAAAACAGAACCAACAAGAGCAAUUAAAUAGGCCAUAAACAGCCCUCCAACCCCGGACUUAAUCAUAAAAGAAAAAUCGAACACAGAAAUAAGGAAUUUAUUUUAGCAGCAACAACUACAACGGCAAACUCAACGCCAACGUUGUAUAAUAAAAUAAUCGAAUUGUUUUAAAAUACAAUUAAUCACAAACAGAAAACAGCAGUUACCGUCAUUUAAGGCGAUAACCAGGAAAAUCGCAAAUAAAUAAAUAAUAAAAAAAUAACCAACAACGACGGGCUGGUAUUUAUUUUUAAUACUACUAACAAACCCAUUGUAGAGCUAUUCAUUCACUAAUUGGCUGUCCAGCAAACAGUCCAUCCAUCCCAACUGUGCAAAGUAACCGGAUAAAUUAGUUUUGGAAUUACAAAUCAAAGCUCAAGCAUUAUAACACAUUUCAAAAUGAAUAGUUUAGUUAAAGUUUUCAGUAAUUUUAGGGAGUUCUAUAGUGAAAUCAAUGGAGCCACUUUGACGGGGGCCAUUGAUGUCAUAGUUGUAGAACAGCCAGAUGGUGAAUUCCAAUGUUCACCGUUUCAUGUACGUUUCGGCAAAUUGGGUGUGUUAAGGAGCCGUGAAAAAGUGGUUGACAUUGAAAUCAAUGGAGAACCUGUAGAUAUUCACAUGAAAUUAGGUGAAUCCGGUGAAGCUUUUUUUGUAGAAGAAUGCCCCGAAGAAGAUGUUGAAGAAUUGCCCGAUAAUUUGGCCACCUCGCCAAUACCAUCAAAUCAUUUUCCCGAAAAAUAUUUAAACAGCAAUAAUAUCGAAAAUGAUGCUGAUAAAGAAAAAAUCGCUAGUGAUGAACUACAAUUGCCAUUACCAUUGCCUAGACGUAAUUCCAUAGAUUUUUCCAAAGAGUCACCCAAGGAUGAGGAAAUCUCAGUUAAAUUUGAAAAUCAAGUUUCUGAUUACAGUCACAGAAGACACACUGAUAAUGUUCUGGAAAGACCUAAUUUGAGUAAAAAAAUCAAUGAGUAUACCACACAAAAACUGCGUCAAGAAUGGGCUGAACAUGAAGAGAUAUUUCAAUUUGAUGCAUUAGAUAAAGAUAAGGACUGGAGCAACAGUACUCAAACAGAAGAUAAACCUAUCGAAUUUGUAGCCAAAGAAGAGCCAACAUUACAAGAAACUAACCAAACUUCAACAAACAUUGAUAUCACCUUAACUUCACAGUCGCUGGAAGAGACUAAAACUCCUUCAAUAUCCAUUACUAAUGUCGCUAAUCAACAGCAACAACAAUUGGAACUAAUCAAUUCUAAUAGCAACAGCAAUAAGGAAGAAUCAAAGAGUAAAAAGAAGCGCCGCAAGAAGUCACAAAUGAAGAAGAAAAAUGCCCAACGCAAAUCCUCUUCGAGCAGUUCGGUGGGCAGUAAUACGCCCCAAGAUGGUGGCGCCACCAAUGAUGACAACAAACAGGCCGAAGAUGCUGAUACUAGUUCAAUAUCGAUCUCAAACAAUACCACCAAUUCAUCAAAUGAUGAAGCCUCUCCUAAAUCGGGUGAACAAGUUUCGGCUGGUUUGGUAACCGCCAUGGGCGGCGAUGAAAGUCCCAUUUCAGAGACUUGUCAAACCUCACCCAUCACACCAAAUACCACUCGUAUACCCGAUUUGGAUAUACAUUUCUUUUCGGAUACUGAAGUUACCUCAUCGGGUGGUAAUGGUCCCAUGGGUGCUGGUCGUGGUGCUGGCCGCCCUUCUACACCCAUACAAAGUGAUAGUGAAUUGGAGAUAUCGUUGCGUGAAAAAGAAACCGAUAGUGAUUUAAUGACCAAUUCGGCUUCAUGGAAAUGGGGUGAAUUGCCCACACCCGAGCCCAAAGAUCAGUCGGACAAUCAGGCAGCUCAGGCGCAGGCCAAACGUAACUCAAUGCUUAGCAAUAUGUUUAAUUUUAUGAAAAACAAUAAUAAAUUACGCAAAAAUGCCAAUGACGGUGGUGUGUAUUUGUCCGAUUUGGAUACCGAAACAAUGGAUCCCGAAAUGUUGGCCAUGUAUUUCCCCUCAGCCUCAUCCAAAGAAACAUCGCCAGCCAUACCAGUCUUACACUGCAAUGAGGAUGAUCGUGAGAGUGGCAAUGGUACAUCUCUGCCUCACUCGCCCAGUUCUUUGGAGGGACAAAAGAGUUUAGAUUCCGACUAUGAAGAUGGCAAACUGCAAGAGGGAAAAUACUUAGACUUUGUGGCCAUGUCUUUGUGUGGUCUCCAGGAAAAAGGUGAUCCUUCCGAUGAGGAAUUUGAACGUCAUUCUAUUAAAUAUAAAGAUGUCUGUGAAAAUCCCAGCAUCUUCUCAUCGCCUAAUUUAGUUGUACGCCUAAAUGGUAAAUACUACAGCUGGGCGGCUGCAUGUCCAAUUGUCAUGACCAUUAUAACAUUCCAGAAGCCUUUAACUAAUGAUGCCGUUGACCAAUUAAUGGUUAAUGCUAAACAAGAUGCUGUAGUGGCUGCUGAUGCCAUAAAUAAGGCUGAAGAAGUUGAUGGUGGUACUCCCACCGGUACACAAAAUCAAGCCAAACGUUCUUGGUGGUACUGGAGACGUUCACAAAAUGUUAACAGCACAGUCAGUGUUGCAAACAAUGCCUCAAAGACUGGUAAAUUAGAUGAGAAACAAGAUGAUAAGGAAAAUGAUCAAAAUGCUGUGGCUACACAAACAACACGUCCCAAUUCGCCCGAUAUUAGUGAUCGUACUUUAAGCAAAACCGAUUCUACCAUGAAUGCUGAAAAUACCUCAGCCAUAAUGGAUAAUAUGGAGGAUUUAUCGCAAGCUUCAUCCAAAAGUGAAUCCACAGAAAAUAAAAACAAAUUGGAACGUUACAAAAAAUCAUUGCGUUUAAGUUCAGAGUCAAUCAAAAAACUUAACCUAAAAGAGGGCAUGAACGAAAUUGAAUUUAGUGUAACCACCGCCUAUCAGGGCACCACACGCUGCAAAUGCUACUUAUUCCGCUGGAAACACAAUGACAAAGUUGUCAUUUCCGACAUCGAUGGCACCAUCACAAAAUCCGAUGUUUUGGGUCAUCUUCUGCCCAUGGUCGGCAAGGAUUGGGCUCAACUGGGUGUUGCUCAACUAUUCUCGAAAAUCGAACAGAAUGGCUAUAAGCUAUUGUAUUUAUCGGCACGUGCCAUUGGCCAGUCGAGAGCGACACGUGAAUAUUUACGUUCCAUACGUCAGGGUGAUGUUAAAUUGCCCGAUGGCCCAUUGUUAUUAAAUCCUACUUCCUUGAUAUCGGCAUUCCAUCGUGAGGUGAUUGAACGUAAACCGGAACAAUUCAAAAUUGCCUGUUUGUCGGACAUUAGGGAUUUGUUCCCUAAUAAGGAUCCCUUCUAUGCGGGUUACGGUAAUCGUAUCAAUGAUGUCUGGGCUUAUCGUGCAGUUGGUAUACCCAUCAAGCGUAUAUUCACCAUUAACACUAAAGGAGAAUUGAAACAUGAAUUAACACAAACAUUCCAAUCUUCUGGUUAUAUCAAUCAAUCACUAGAAGUAGAUGAACAUUUUCCUAUGCUGGAUAAUGAUGAUUACGAUUAUAAAACAGACAUUUUCGAUGACGACGAGGAGGAGGAUGAACUCAAAUUCAGUGAUACCGAAAGUGAUGGAGAGGAGAUUUUCAGUGAUGAAUAUGCAGAUGAUCAAGAUGAUGGCAUAGUGGUCGAUGUAUCGGAAUCAUUAAGUCCCAAUGCAUCGCUUAAUUCCCAAACACCCAUAGGUCAUGCGGUAGAAAAUAGAGAAGGCAAUUCGUCGCCCGCAGCAGCAGUACUAAUCAAUGCAUCUCUCUAUGUCAACUGAGGCAGAAGCUAAAAACAACCUCUAAAAGCUAAACAUGAACAAAAAUGUUUUAUAUUUUUUAUUAUUAUUAUUAAUUAUACCUAAACUUAGUGUUUUUUUCGACAACUAAAUUGUGAUAUUUAUUACCUGGUUAUUUGUAUGCAAUUGAAUUGCUUUUAACUUUUAAAUUUAAACAAGAACUAUAUAUUUUUGAAGUGUAUUUAAGGUUUCUGUGUGAGUUUUUACCAUAACAUUACAUUACUCUAAUGUUAUCUAAACUAAAUCUAUUAUUUAGUUAUAAGUAAAGAAAAGUAUUGUUAUUUAUCUUUAAAUAUGAUAAUAUUCGGUUAUUAAACCCAUUAAGUUAUUUAAUCUUUAAGUUUAUUUUAUUUGUGUUUUAUCCAAAUAUUUAAAAAGCGUUACAUUUAGUACCUCUUUUUCUAUUUUAAAUUUGUAAAUAUUUCUUUAGUUGAAUAUAUUUUAACAAAAAUAAAUGUGAUGAAAUUUUGAAAAAUAUUUAUGUAUGUAUCAAUUUUAUGUUUAUUUUUAAAUAUAAACAAAUGAUUUUUAUUUAAAUAA